AGCAGGUGGUGAUGACAUGAUCAGGUGCAGGUGUGAAGGUGCAGGAGGAGCCAGAUUAGGGGCUGCCAAGCCUCUGUGAAGUGGGAGAGUAAACAGUAAGAAUCUUAACACUUGACUGUCACUGUAUUUGGUCUUGUGUGCAGCUAAUGCUGAUCAUAUCAUGUUCUCUAAGCUGCACUCUUGUUAAAGUUUUCUAACUUGCUCUUCUGACUACAGACCCUGUCAGUUUUAUAAGUGUGUUUGCACUUGCAAGUUGACACAACCCAGUGUUGGUCAAUAAACGUCAACGGCAUAUAACUCCUGUGACUCACCCAUCUAAUCCCAAGAACCAAAAUCUUGUACAAUGAAGACAACAAGUCGUAACCAUUGAGAGUUUUGAAAAUCUGUUGGGUUACUGUAUAACAUUGAAUAUGCUUUUGCUAUUUCUUGAUAUCUGUAGCUUUGUGUUUCAUCUUAUUAUUAUUAUUAUUAUUAUUAUUAUUAUUAUUAUUAUCAAAUAAGAUGCUGUACAUUUUGAAUUUGGUCUUUAUGCCCCUGUAUUAUAACCUGUAUUUGCAAGGACACUCUAGUUUGGCUGGGAUGCUCUUAGAUAAAAUAUUGCCUGGCUAUAUGAAUUAAAAUAAAUGAGCUGAAAAUGAGCAAGAGCUAUAAACUCUCUGCUCAAAGCCUCAGUGGUGUGUUUUGCAUUUGAAUUAUGUUGAAUUGCUAUGUCACUAUCAAAUAAACAAAUUCAAUUUUUAAUAUUCAGUUCAAUGCUGCUGAAACAACCUGAAGCAAAACCUCAAAUGUUUAAACCCACCAAAAAUAAUGAACUGAUACAGCACAGUUGAGAUGUUACUAAUGUGAAUGCAGUAGCAGAACUUAUUCAUGUUUUUGCUCUGAUCACAUCUUUGUUGUGUGAAUUAUUUGAUUUUUUUACUGUUUAACUGAUCCCUGUUGGAACUUAUUCACCAUUUUUUACACACAGCUCCUAACCAGAAGGGGUUUAAUUAUGCAUACAGGCGGCCAAUCACUUGUAUUAUUCCACCGCUUGUUAUUUCAUCUGUAUCCGGCGUUUGAUUUUUUUGGAGGUUGUUGGCGAUAAUUAAAGGCCAGUGAAGUGUUUUUAUUCCAAAUAAUGCUCCAUGUGUGUCCGGUGAGUCAAACAAGCUAGGAAAUUGUAAUGUAAGACUUGUAGAAAGCACCCUUGACGACUUUAUUCACUCAAAAUCAAGAGUCAUGUACGGUGUUAAGUAAGCCUUUAAACAACAAUGGUUUAUCGAGCACAGAUUCUUUCUUUGUUUUUGUUUCAGGAAAUAAAAUCAUUACCUACAUAUAUCAGUCACUGAACUCAAUGUCUAACCAAUUCUUACUCAAAAUAUCUUUCUCCUGCGACGAUUCAGGGGUUAAAAUAUAACCUGGAAAACUACAAAGACAAUAUUAUACUGUAGAUUGCAAGUAAGAUAUUGCCUUUGUCCCCGCUGAGAAUAGAUAUUCCUGGAUAUGUCCCAUAUUUUAAUGCAACAGCAUUACUGUCCAGGAGGAAACAAGAAAUAAAAAUGCUUUAUUUCCAGCUCUCUGUGGGACUACUGAAAGCUGUGAAGCAGGAAAAUUAAUAUAAAAUGACUAUAAACAUACCAUUAGAAAUAGAUUGGUUUCUUAUUAUACCAUAGUCCCUCAUCAACAUUAGGAUUACUUUAUGCAGCUUUACUCCCUGGGUAUAAUGCGCAAACAUUUGCGUUAAUAUCCCUAAGAAGGGAGGUUUAUAUUCGACAGAUUUAUCAUGCAAAACCCUGCUCUAAAGGAAGGAUAUCUUCUUCAGUGUAGCGUCUGACACAUAAGAGAAUACACUGAUAAUAAUGUGUCUGUCUCACUAUCCCAGGAUAACGGAGUGAGAUUACUCAGCAUUUCAUUUGUAUUCCAUUGGCAGCCCCCUCCCCUAACAAGUUUUAUUUGACUACUGAGAGAUGUUAGGGGUGAAUGGUGGUGUGAGAGAGCCCCCCAGUGGUAUGAAAUUGCCAUUGCAAGCAUAAAUCAUGCAGUUUGUCCUUGUUACUUAACCAGUUAACCAAAGGACAGAUUAGCUGCCAAUCAGAUUACCACAGUUUGUGUGCUGUGAAGACUUGCUGUAGCGAAGAUGGGUAUUUUAUCUGUACAGUGCAAAGCUUCACUUAUAAUUAUACCUCAGUUUACAUGUAUGACCCAAGUGCAAGAGUUUACACUGAUAAUGUCUUAGAAAUAAAAUCUGUUCUUGCUUUGUCUCCUUUGAUUGUCUUUAGAUGUUAUUUAGGUGGUGAAUAAAUGUUUGAAUAAUUUUGUUAACCUGAGCACAAAGCAGCUCUCAUAAUAGGAUGAACCCCCCUUUUCAAGACUGAUUUUAGAGACUUUUAAAAGACCACAUGGUUUUAUUUCCAUGCUGUUUUACUUAAAAAAUAUGAAAAGAAAGACAGAUUUGAAGCUUGAACAAUAAUCAUCACAGAUUAACCCUGUUUUUAGGACUCUGAAUCUGGACAGUUUCUAAAAAUAUAAUGCUCAGCUCUGAGGGAUUUUAAAUCACUGACUAUCCCUUAAAAACUGCUGCCACUCUGAGAAAGUGAGUGGAUUUUACUGCAAGAUCUCUACGUGAUAUCAUUCACAGCUGAUACUGCAAACGCCAUAUUAUGUCUAUAUGUAACUGCUGGUUCCACUAAUUACCAAGCUGUGUUUCUAUUUCAGAAAGUAACAAAGUAAAGAAUAGCAUAGCAACAUAUUUUGUGUAAUGUUUUUUUUUUUUUUUGUAACACGUUUGUAAAAAAUGGCAUACAGAGAGUAGGAUCUUUAAAAAAAAAAAAAUCUUAAAAUAAAGCAACAUUUUAAGAACACCAUCAUCAAACGGUGAUUGAUUUUAAGUUCACACUGUUCAUUGGGGAGCGUAUAUCCAAGGACACAGUGGUCUCAAAUGAUAUUUCUUAUGUGAAUCACACUGUCAUUACUUUCAACACAUGAGAAGCAGAACUACACAAAAUGUAUUUCUUGAUCUACAGAGAGUCUUGUUGCUUCAUUAGUGAAGUCCAACGCACACCACAACCCUUCAGUUCUUGGACCAGCUCCACAGUCUGAUGUGUGGAGGCAGAGAGAGAGUGAUGACUGAAUCAAGGGUCAAGUAAGUACACAGACUGAAAGUUUGUAUUCAUCUUAGUAUUCAUCAUUUGGAAACUUCCAACGUUAAAUGCAGAUUUGAAAAAAAGAAGUGAUGGAUGGAAGAUGGCCCGAAAACACAAAACAACAGUCAGGACAACAAUCUAACAGAAGUGCGUUAUCGUGUUAAUAUUUGUUAAUCUAUAAUAUAAAGCAAAAUAUGUGAUUUAAAGGAGAAAAACAAGCAACAGUUCAGGUUUUUAUUAACGCCUCUCAGUGGCUAUAUGACGCUGAAAAUGUCAAUACAUAUGUGCCAAAAAUUGCAGUUCCCUAAAUGACCACAUGAAGUGUAUACCAAAACUAAAGCCAUCCCAAAAGAUCUCCAUAUGGUAUUAAUUUCCACACCCUGCAAGGGUUGGACUGGGAAAGUAAUUCAGCUGAAAGUUUGACUGCUUACAGAUCACCCUGUCUUACUAUGUAACAUGCUGGGUCAUACUGUUAUGAGGGCAGUUACGUUUUUAUAAAGCUACUGCUAUUUUAAAUCAUGAUAGGCUAAAUAUAUGUGUGGUAGAACCAAAUAAGUUAUUAUUUUUAAAUUAGUUAUUUCUAUUGAUGUCAAACAAUCAUUUAAGCUUAGAGUCAUAAAUAAGAAUAAGUAAACUUGAUUUUAACAUAAACUGAGUGGAUUGAUGGUAAAACAGAGCAGUGCACUAAGUAGUACUGUUGAUAACUGAGCAGUACAGCAGGAUCGUUUCAGAGGCACACAACCUGAAUGGUAAACAGAGUGCUCUCUGUCUGAAUUAUCAUUUCUAUUAAACUUCACAUAUGCCUUGUAGGAUUAGGUUUUCUUGCUGUGGUGCUAGGAUUUACAACAUAUGCACAUUUAUUUGCUUGAGCUUAUUUUUAUUGGUUAAAAGUCACUGCUUUUAAUGUAGUACCACCAUGUUGCACUCCAUAUUGCUGUGAUUUAAUCCCACCUCGGAGAGAUGUGCUUACUGUGUAGUCUACAUGUUAACUUAGCCAGUCAUACUGGGCAUAUCAGAACAAGCCUGGUUCCUUUCUGGUAAACAUAUCAUUUACAAUGUCAUAUAAUGUUGCAUCUGCAUCAGGGGCCUUUUGCUUUCAAAUUUUCUACUCUCUGCCUUUUCUUUUCUUCCUUUCCAUUUCACCUGGUGAUUGUGCUGUCUUACAUCAGACUGCCAGAGUCCCACUUGCAUAUUUUGAUGCAUAUGUUCCGAGAGGUAGUGGUGUACUGAGGUGAGGCAGUGCCCUAAUGUUUGAUAUAAUGCCAGAGUGGUGCCUUCAUGGAUGUUCCUGAUAAAAAUAAAAGUUAUAAAAUGCCCUCUCUGGUGCCAUUUCCAUGGAAACUCCGCACAAAUUUGUUGUUGCUGCUGCUUGAAAGGAUGAAACAUGAAAAAGUGCCAGUGAAUAUCAUGUUAGAAUAGUGUCUUUUCGAUGUCCUUUCAGUCAAUCAAUCAAAAAAGCUGACAGAGACAUGCCUUCCUGAAUUACGACUUCCUGUUUCCAUUGCAUACAGGAGGUGCCGUUCUUAAUUGUUUUGCUAUUGUUGUUGUCUAUUCACCUCUUCUUGCCAUCCAGGCUAAUCUGAGUCACUGAUAUGAUGUUUGGUGUAUAUAGUUCAAUAGAGAAUUAUGCUCAAUAACAGGUUGUCCAAGAAACCUUUGCUCCUCUUUUAAGGGUGAAGUUUGGCUAUGCUUUAUUUGUAUGUUGAAAAUGAUGAUGUAGUUCUUUGUGUCUGCACUUACUGUUCUUAAUUUGUAAUGAAUUAACCUGCAGUAUCGACAGUAAAACUUAGAUAGGUUGGCAUCUGAUGAACUCUCUUAUCCACAUGAGAAUCUUAGAUAAGGAUGGCAGUAGGCAGAGUUACAAAGUUAAGGUUCAUCAGUUUAAAAAUGAAAAAAUAAGUGAGCUGCGUUUUAAUGAUUUGCUUAAUACUUUUGUAAAACAAAUGAAAAAUUAUGUUCUUUUAAACUUGGUAGAGAUGUUGGACUUUUGAGAGAAAUUUCUACAUGGCUUCAGAAGCUUUGAGAUACUAUGGGAGACCUUUUUUGCAGGGUCUGUCUUUUACAGCAUGAUCAUCUCCAUAUCACAUUUCCCAGUGUAUUCAUAGUGUCAGGUUGCAUCUAUUUAAAAUGAAAACAUUGUGUUAUCUAUGAGUUUUAAACUCAUGUUUUUGUCCUUUUUACUCACAAUAUUUACUGUUUAUGUGUAUAAAAAGGCAUGCAAAGAUAAUUGAAACAAGUUUUUUUUUUCACUUUAUUACAAACAUUGUAAAGCUCUGUUACAAUAAAGAAGUGGAAAGAAUUAGCUCUCCCUCUUACUCAGUGGAACAAAUACCAUCCAUUUAAAUCCUUGGUAAUCCAUAAUCCCACUGGCCUUUCUUUGGCCCCUUCAGUCUCUGUGCAGGGCCUGUCCAACAACACACAGGUCCGGGUGUGAUGCAGAACGUGGUGUGGCUCUAAGGUCUGAUUGGCUUCCCCAGAGUUCAUCCUCCCUGAUUGCCUCUUCAUCCAGCCUGUCAGAACGAAUGGACAAUGUUUACAUUGGCAAUUAAGGAAGUGGGACAUUGGGUUUGUGUUGGUUGUAAACAGGGAUUGUGUGGUUCUGAGGCAAGAUGUUAGAUUAACUUUGAAGUGAGUUCACUCAGUCAUGGAAACAAAUCAUGUACGCCAUUACCCCUAAAAUUACCUUUGGUAUAAUAUUAAUAAGUAGAUGCUCGAAACUGUUGUGACAGUUAUCCUUUGUACGCAAUACAGUGUACCAAUGCAUGGCCUCUUUACGUGACAGUCUGUUGCAUCACUUUAAUCUCACUAGCUAUUGUAAAACUGUCAUGCUUGUUUUUAAGUUUGGUGCAUUGAUUAAUAGAUUUCGGAUAAAUACAGACACAGACAUAUCAAGUCGUAUCGUCGACACACAGUCAACGACAUAAAAAUUUGUGGGGACAAAAAGAGACUAUGUUGUUGAAUAAGGUGUAUGGUCUUGAUAUGGUUUUCAGACGUAUCAAUCCUUUAAUGAAAAGAGAAUACCAUACAGAGUGUAAGCAGUAAUAAUAACCUUAAAUAGAGUUUCAUAUGUCCUUUGUGCUUGGUAUUAUAUCUACACCAACAAAACCAGAAACUUGUUGGUAAAGUUGAUUGGUCUAAAAUGAUGAAAAGUAAAAACAUGCAAGACCUGUUUAUACUAAAUGCAUUUUGGACACUGUCAUUUUCUGUUUACUAACAUUUUUAGCUCUCAACACACCCCCACAGUCAAACACUUUCACGCUCGUCAAUGUCAUAUCUCCAUCAUCUACCUAUCAAAAUUAAGGAGGGGCGGUAUGUUAUGAACCUUGUCACCGACGAUGGCAGAAGCCAGUACAGAGGAGAAACUAAUCAUACUUCUUGGAAUCCAAGUAAUUUCUAUGCCCUUGAGUAUUUCUUUACAUUAAAACAGUUACUUAACAACUGGGUAUGGCAAAUAUACUGAGGCUGUUCUUCUGUUCUUGGAAUUAGGUGCAUAUUUUACCAAUCUUUGUUGGAAGUAACUUGAGAGUCCUCAAAAACAAAUCAGCCAAUUGCCCUAAUGAUUUACAGGAACAAAACAGAGCUAUCAUGUAAGAUAGGUGUGAUCAUUGACAAAGAUUAAAUGAAAAGCCAUACUUAGUGUUUAGGAUGAUUGACACACAUAAAUAAACUCACCCUGGUGAAUAAAUUGCUGGCUCACUCCCACAACUUUCAGCCACUGAGAUUUUUGGUGAUCUUGGUGGAAGACUCAGACUAGGCCUUCGGUCUGAUUGACUACGUCGGAUGAAUUGCUGAGGUCCUUGAACAGAUACAGGACACCUUCCAUGACUCUCCCAAGCUCUUGAGAGAAAAGACACCCCAGUAGAUGUCCAUGCUUGAGGGGGUCGUGGAACAGAGCAAGGCUGGGCUUCAAAUAGGGAUGAAGAUGCUGGGCAGAAGACUGAGCGUGCAUUGCUAAACCUGCGUGCACUGGUUAAGUCUUCACUGCUGUUCUCCCUUGACCAUCGUUGUACUUUUGGUGAGGCUGGUGGAGAUGGUGCUUUGAAGGGGUAGGAAGGGGGUGAAUGUGUGUGAGAAUUGAUCUGCUUUGCAGAAUGUGGGCUUGGGAGCCUCCUCUGAACUGCUGGUGGUGUGGGGAGUUUCCUGCUGACAGGAGGGCUGGUUGUAGAGGGUGGGGUAGGUUGCCUCUUUAAGUUGUGGGGGCUGUUGAGUCUUCGUUGUAGACUGCUCUGUGUAGAUGGUGUAGAUGGUAAUAUUCGCCCCCUAGACACAGGUGGAGUGGCAGCUGGUUGGCUUCUGACUACUGGAGAGGGAGGCACUAUAGUAUUAGGUCCAGGCACUGAUAGGAUGCCACCAUCUUGUGUAUCCUCAAGACUGUCAGCUGGAUUUGCUGCUCCAUGACUUGUUGACAUACUCUCUGAGACUGGAGAUUGUCUUUGGCUUAUGAUCGUUUUGGCUUGCUGGUGAAAUGAAUAAUUUUCCUUUUCAGCCUCUAGAUGACCAUCUGAUGAGCUGACCUUUGAGGGAGCAGAUGUGUCCUUUUGAUCUACUUUAUCAAGGAAGCUGACCCUAGGAACUUGAGGCAGGCCUCCUCUGCUUGGCAGCACUGUCACUGCUUGAACUGAGGCCCUCAAUCGUUGUGAGACCACAGUCCUUUUCAGUAAAGGUGAUUUUCUGACCUUUGCAGCCCCUUCAUCUGUUCCAUCAGCUGCAAGAAUCUGGGAACUUUCAAAGGAGUUGUCCAUUAGCACUUCCAGUGGUGGUGGAGGGAGACAAUCAGGAUCAAAGUCAUCAUUUUUCUCUGAUGGAUUAAAUUCAGGUCUACAGCUGGUUACCCCAGUGCUAAGCACAGCUUCAACAUUUCCUAAACCUGGCAACACAGGAACACCACACUUCCGUACUCCUCUGAGAGGCCCAAGAACAUUGGGACAUUCUAAUCCCUCUAUCCCUUGACUGAAAGUAUCAAUCAGUUUUUUGACAGAGUUUCUGCCUCUGUGAAGACCCGAAGAGGGCCGUGGUGAUGGGGGAGGACUAGGAGGUGGUGUGGCCUUUAUAGGACCCUUAGAUAUUUCCUUGUCUUUUGGUUUACCUUCUUCACCAUCACUGGUUACCUCUUGUUUAUCAUUGUUGCACCUUGUAAGGCCUGUUUUGUGUUUAGGUGAUUGGAUAUUAACUUUUUUCUCCAUUGGGGGAUGUUUGCGAUUUACUGCUGGAGAUUGCGCAGGCGAGGAGCAUUGAUUGUGUUUGGACUGAGGGGUCCUGAUGUUUCCACUUGCUUUCCCUUUGUUCAUCUUCUGCAAUCGCUGGUUCAAAUCUUUCUGGGUCUUGGCUAGUUCAAGCAAAGUAGGAUCUUCACCUUUACUCCGUAGAGAUUCUGCUGAUCUGGAGCGCUGCUCUUUGGUCACAGCAGUCUUUUUGACUGCAGUCCUCCUAACAGGUGCAGAUGUUUGAGGCCUUUUGGGGGUUUGUUCCUUCUCAUCUGUCCAUUGGCGUCUGCUGGUUUUAGGGCUCCCAACUAACUUUGUUUUGGUGCAAGUGUUCUGGGAUGGGACAAACUGUAUCUUACCACUGAUAGCAUUUUUCAUUUUGAUUGUCAUUUCCAUGUUUUGAGGAUUUUCUAUGCGCUUCGAUGGCAGGCGAUGUGGGUGCUGUUGCUCUUGAUUUAUGGGGCGAUUUAUGGGGGAGCAAUUUGAUUGCUUUGUUACACCAAUUUGCUCUCCCAUUAUAUUAUCAGUAUCUUCAUCAUCAUCAUCGUCCUCACCAUCAUCAAAGGAGACUGAACCAAGCAGCGAAUCUCUUUGGUUAUUCGCUAUCAUGGUACUUGUAGAUCCCAAUGAGAUGAGUGAGGAGAGAGAAGCACUUGGACUUAUUUGUUUUGUGGGCUUUUGCCUUGAUAUUCCUCGUCUAACGUUCAUGGAGGUAUAUUCCAUUGGACUGAUGGGAGUAGUUCUGUUUGUCCCUGUGGAUCCACAACUCUCCCGUCUGUAGCGUCUUUCAGAUCCAGCAAGAGAUUCACUCUCUGCUCCAAUCCCACUAUCCUCGCUGAAGAGGGCGGAAUCCUCAGGCCGAGACUGGUGCAGAGAUGCCAUUUCAAUGCGAGAUAAGAGUCGCAUCAGCCUGCUCUCUACGGCACGUUUGACUUUCAGUUUCUCCUCUAAAAGCUCUGAGACGGACGCAAAGUAGUCUACUGCCUCCAUCAAAGCAGAAUCACCAAUCCCACCAACCGUCUGGCUCACAUUUCUCAUUCUCUGUGUGGUAUACUGAAGCAGCUGCUGCAACAAAUCUGGUGGGGACUCGAUAUUUGCAGAGCCAGACUUUGUGGGAGGAGAGGAUGAAAGGUUUUUUAUUUGACUUGGCCACGCAAGAUGUUCUCCAUUUUCUUUCAAAACUUUUUCUCCCUCAUCUGCCAUCUCUUCCAGUCCUUGAGUUAUUUCCUCAUAGCGUAGAGCCAUGAAAGCAACCAUGGGCUGCACAGACACCUGCGUUUGGGUUGCUUGUUCUAAAAGUCCAAGCAGAUCUUCAUAUUUGUUUAUACUUGGAUUCAAAAAGGCAUAUGCAGCUUGGUGAGCUCUUACCAAUGGUUCUGGGAAGUCCACCUUCUGUUCUGUUGCUUGUUUAUCUUUGUCUUUCUUUUUUUGUACCUUAAUACCUUUAACAUUUCUCUUUGUUUUUUUGGCAGGCUUCUUUUCAGCCAUAUCCUGUCUGUCAACACUUUUCUCUUUUUUCUGUAAAGCUGUGUUGUUGUCCAUGUGCUGACUGACAGUUUUUUCUAUGUUUGGUGUCUCAGGCGCUUGAUCAGACACAGAUCGCUUCUUUUGUGGUGUCAUAUGAGCCUCUUUCUGUAUCACCUGCACUUGUCCUGCUGCUUGUCUCUCUUUUGUAUCCUCAUCUCUCAAUCCAGCUGAAUGACUGUGCUCUUCUUCUUCAAAGUGGGACUCUCUGGGGUAUUCUUGGGGUGCAGGGGGGAGCAUUCGCCCCCUCCGUAAGGCACCCAGAGCCCCAAAGUUGUUACCUUUGGAUGGUGAGCAGCCCAUUUUUGUGUUCCAGUACAGAUGGAUUUUUUUUCUUGUCUUCUUGGUGGCACGACAGUGCAGUGAGUCAAAAAGGGAUAACCGAGAUCCUUAGCCACCUGCUGUAUCUGUCAUUUUCUGAUGGCUGAGAUGAUUGACUCUUUUAAGAUCCCUUUCCAAGAGGAUGAUGCCCAAACAAGAUAUUGAUGAAUCCAUGUCUUAAAAUCCGUCUCUGCAGUCAUUAAGAGGCAAAAUAAAUCCACAGAUCGAUGCUCAUGUUUAUGAAAAAAUGUCCUUGUAGCGUGCUCUGAAACAUCCUUCUUUAUCUGGUGAGGGACUAGCAGCUGAAAGGAUUAGUGAGGCUUCCACAGCCCAGCAUUGCACAUAUGUCACGUUAAAGCAUAUAAAACUCACCUACUUGUAAGACGAUAAGCUCAUUUGGUUAAUGAGGACUGGCUUCAGGUGGCUUUUAAUAGCCCGUAACAGCAAAACAAAACCCCCAUAGAAUAAUUUCCACUGCAAAAAGUUUUAAAAAAGUGUAUAUUCAAGGAGGAUGAACGUGCCUCCUGUUGUUUGAAUUAUUUGCAAUAUUUAGGGAGACAUACUGCUAAUUUCUGUGGCAUUAUAGGACAUUGAUAAAGUUAAGUCAUAGGCCUACUUGGUGUUGCAAUAGAUACAAAUAAUAAAAUCAGUAUAUUAAGGUAUUAAGUCUUCAACCAGUCUGAAGAACUUUGCUUAUUGAACCAUAGUCAGCUAUUUUUACUAUUAUUAUUGGUGGCAAGGUGGAGUUUGCUUAUCUACUUUAAAACUUCUAUAUUUAGCAUCUCUGGAAUAAACCAGUGAGGUUUGCUUUAAAUAACUCGCAUUACCUCUGUGUUUAAAAAUGGAGUACAGGUUUAGGUACUUCUUUUUCAAACACAAUAUAUAUAAAAAAAGUGUAUACACAGGGUAAGUUCACCAUAGGAUAAGGUGACCAGAUUUCUGUAAUGAAAUCCGGGGACAAUCGGUGCAGCGGCAGGGGGGUGGGGUGCAGGGGCUGCAGAGGCUGUGUGAUCACAGACAACAUCUCGGUACUAUUUAGUAGCAGCACAUGCCCCUUGUAAUAACCCCCGUAAAAACAGUUGACUGCUUAUUUGUGCUUCCUACCCAUUCGGCUACUGUAAUAACCGUUGUUCUAGCCUUCACGCAACAUUUUUGUUCUCAUUCAUGAAACGCUUAAAUCGGGGAAAUUUGAGGGGAAAGCUUUUGCCGGGGACAGGUCAUCCAAUUCGGGGACUGUCCCCGGAAAUCUGGGACCUCUGGUUACCUUACCAUAGGAGACCAAAUUUUUUUGGCAUGCUAUAUUAUCAAGACAGUUAUUUUUACACUUAUUCUGUUGGUUUGCAGGGAUGCACAACAUCUUGAAAUAUACACUUGUUAGAGACAAAACUAUGAUUGCCUUGAUGUAGUGAUCCGAAAUAUGAAAAAUGGUUCAUCUUACCCCAUUCUCCCCUAUAUAUACACGUUUGCCAGUGUUUAUAAAGCAAUGGAAGUUGCUCCAAAUCAGAAACUAUUUCACACAAUGAUGUGUAAAGUAAAAUACGAAACCAGGGCUCUCAAGAUUAUUUUUUUUUUUUUGCUGAUUGAAGAUAAUUAUUAGUUUUAUUAUUAGUAUAAUAAUCCAAUAAAUACAAUGGAGUAUGAGGGCCACAUUAAGAAAAAAAAACAUUUUUAAAUCUUCGAGAAUAAGGUUAUUAUUUAGGAGAAUAAAGUCAUUAAUAUAUAAGAAUAAAGUCGUAAAGUUACCUGUUGAGGAGGAGAGUUGUUAAAAUCAGCACUGUGGAGCAUUUAGAUGAAUUGUACUUUAAUAUAGGUUUCACAAACAUGGAGAUACAUGAGCAUUACACUGUCAUGAGUAUCAGAACUUAUAUAUGAGAUAUAUGAGAAAUGCUUAUUUUGUGGAGGGGAACAUGGCCGGAAAUGGCUGUACAGAGGCUAAAUUCAUCAAUACAGCUGUUAAUAACAACAGCAUAGGGCUUUAGUUUAUCAUAUGAGUUUAUAUGCCAUGAGGUGUUGAGGUCUCUGCAUGUGUAGGUUACUGACUUACUGUAAUCAUCGGGUCUUUCUCGUCCUUAUGAAACCUGCUCUAUUUCGGCGAGUGUCUGUCUUCUUCUGUAGUCAAACCGCAAGACAUCAAAAUCUACCCGGUUACAGCAAUGCUGCUUUUUGAUUGGCUGUUCAGUAGAUAUACUUUAUUUGAUUGGCUUGCGCGUGGCACGCAGCUUCUUAACUCGGAGAAACUCACUUUAAUGCUACCUGUUCCAUAGUUAAAGGGGUGCAACUUGGAGGACAUCACCAUGUUCAUUCAAAUGCGUGAGAAAUUCAAUGUGUGGCGUGUGAGCAGGUGGGAAUGCGUGUGUCACACGCUGAAUGCGUGAGACCUGAGAGUACUGCAAAACCAUUAAAUGAACAAACAAUUAUUUAUCAAUGAAGAAGAAGAGGAAGAAGAGGAAGAAGAAGCGCGUCCCCGCGUGCAGCCAGGUUGGAGCGUUCUAACCAUAGACAUAAUAAAAGAUAGACCCCGCAUCGGCCGCUACCACGAAUGGGCGCUGUCGAGAAAUGCGGCCGCCAUCUUGGUCCGGUCAUCCGCCUCACUCAGCACCGCUGUUUAACCGGCGGAAUGAAGUCUGAGCGCAUUAAAUGAAUCAUAGUUCGCUCAAUACUGCGUAAUUUUCUUCUCUGCAAACGCCAUUCAAAGAGGCAUGAUAGAGGCCAUAUUUUUUUGGCGUUUUCAAAUACUCAGAAUGAAUAAAAUGAUAUUUUAGAACAUGACAGCAGUGGCUGUAUUAUAGUAUAACAAUUAAUCAAGUAUAUAUCUAGGUUUAGAGCUAGGUUCCUGCUAUGUCUCAAUAAUUAUUAAUAACUGGCGGUUUUGAUAGGCCAAUUCAUUAUAUAUUGAUUUGAUUAUAUUUUAUUUAGUUUAAUUUUAUUUAUCCAUUUGUAGACACACACAAAUAAUGUCAUAUAGAAGCACUAUUUUAAUAACUGGAAAAUACACACAAAGAAAUACACACAAAUAUAUAGCCUACAUAUCAAAAAAAUUUAAACACAAGAACAGCAUGACAGGACAGCAUCUAAACUACAUAUCAAUUUGCUUGUUGGCUACACAGCACAGAGGAAUCACUUGCUGCGAACUUCUCCCUCUAACAGCAAUCUCCCACUUCUUCCUCAAGUUUUUGUCCUUAGGAAAUCUUCAAAAUGAAACAGGAGAUCACCAAAAAGAAAUCUUUAAUAGAACAGAUAAUAAAACAGAGCUCACUUUCUUCCUUCUUCUUUCUAUUUUAUUUCUUAACGUUUCUUAGAACCUCUCUCAAACAAAAGUUUUUCAAUCUAAUGCAAAUCUGUUGAUAAUAGAGCAAAGUUGCUAUUAUUGUGAAUAAGCUAGCUGUUCGCAAAUGCUGUUUCCUUUUUGGAGUUGACCGAUAGUCUUCCUCUUUGGCCUACAAAUGACUCUACAGUCAAGCGUAAUGUUGAAAAAACGUUUAAUCAUAACUGUGGAAAGUUAUUUCUUGAGCCCUGUUCUCUGCUGUCCGCCUGUUGGCACAGGAAUACGCCGCACAGUGCUCCGGCAUCGCUGAAUGAAUGAAUGAAUGAAUAUGAUUGACCGGAGCGUAUGGGAAGCUUGACCUGACCAAGAUGGCGGCCGCAUUUCUCGCUGUGCAGCACCCCCAGCGGGGUCUACCCUUUUAUUAUGUCUAUGGUUCUAACGGUCUAACGGUAAGGAUUAGAAAUUCAUUCCGAGUAACGACCGUCGUCUUAACGUCUCCUUUUCUGACUUUCUUAAUCGUAAGCAUUUCGCUCUGUUUAUAAUUACUCACUUAGGCUUUUAUUAACGCUUAGAUCUACCUUAUGUCACCGAUGCGGGGGUUUGUAACGCGUAUUUAUUUCACUCAACUGUAGAUAACUUCAUCAACUUAAAAUCGUGUCUUUUCAGCUAGCUGCUACAUCGUAUAAACUGGUUUUGAAAGGGAAAGAUUAUGAAUUGAGGAUUGAAUUUCUUGGCAUAGAUAAAUCACUUAUAAUUCAGGUUCAGUCUUAUGAAACAGUAUCAGGUCUGCUUUGCUUUAAUUGAAUGUUUGAAUAUACACCCUAUCCAUCAACGGUUGAUUUGCUCUGCCAGUAUAGUUAGCGAAAGAUAAAGACUUCUGUUAUUGGAUAGUAUGAAGAUUAAACAAUAGUUACAUAUUAAGAAGAAAGUUAAUCACACCUGUCUGUAAAAGUAAAGUUUUUGAUAGUAAUCCAAUAUUCAUGUGAUGUGUGUAGAUUGUGUAAAUCAGAAAUCAAAUAAGUUGUUUUCUUAUUCUUAUAGAUCCAGAAGAAAUCAAAUUUACAGCAGUGGUGUAGGUUUUUAAUCUCUUAACCUCUUUGUAAUGUCAUCUCUGCAUCCAUCACAGAUCUCUUCACAAUACACAAUUCCAGCUGAAGCAUGAAGCGCAGCCACAAGAGCGAGAUUUCUGUGACUGUCUGGGUCAAACCCAACACUAUACCCUCCCUUCAAGCCAGAAGGUGUCUUGAGCUGAAAAAUGAAAAUGAGCAUACACUGACCCAAAUUAUUGUCGUCCAUGAUCAGGAAAUGUCAGCGUUCUUCAGAAUUUUUGGUAAAGUAGUAUCCUGAAUAAGACAUGCGUUAUUUUGUAUGUUGAAGCUGUUGAUAAAAGCCUUGGAACUGAAUUUAAGAUGUGUAAACCAUAUACUGUAUAUACUUUGGACAACUUGGUUCCGCCUUCUGCCAGUAUAGGGAUUUGAAACUGAAAGCUCUCGGUAAUUCUGCGUUUUUUCUCCACUUCCUGAAACCAACAUUGCGCAGUAGUGUUGUACGCACUCCACCACUUGCGCAGUAGCAUUGUACGCAUUUGGCGGGAGAGUCGCAGAGAGUUGAGGUGAUGAUGCUCUGCUCAAACAGCGUAUCCCCUGGGUGAGCUAUGCAAUCUUCGUACGCCCGUAGGCUGUAUCAAGUGUCAAUCAUAGAAAAAAUGAACCCCCUAAUAACUUUUAAAAACAGAGCUGCACAGAAAAAAAAGAGGACUUGAGCACAAACCAGUCUUCGUGGUGGCUUCACCCAGCGAGGAGGCAGACGGCGUCCAUUUUACAUACAGUCUAUGGUGUAAACCACAUAAACAGUUUUCGAUUAAUAUGGUGCAAAUCAGCAGUCUGUGAUUGGGUUUGAUCAAAGAAACUAAUGAUCAUAUUUGAUUACAGAUGACAAACUGAUCCAUAAAUUUUUGUUGAUGGACUCUUGCUACAAACUGACUGACAAAGUAAGUAAAUACACAAUGUUAAAGUGACAAACCUCUGAAACAUUAACUGACCGACUGCAUCCUUUCUCCUUUAUUUAACAGUACCUCCUUGCCAUGACGUUUGUGUACUUCAAAAGAGCUGGCUUUAUCAUCGCUGAGUACACUGUCGAGAAUUUCUUCAUUGCACUGUAGGUUUGAAAGAAAUAAUUUGCUCUUGUGCGUGUUCUUGUGUCCUAUUAUUCCCAUAAAAGUCAAUCUGUAGCUCUAGACCUGGCUCACAUGCUCCGUUUUUAGGCACCUGGCCAACACCAUGGAGGAAGAUGAGGUGGAGAAUACAUACGAGAUUUUUCCCUGGGCGCUGGGAAAGAGCUGGGGGAUUCUGUUUAAACAGUUCAUCAAGCAGCGAGACAAACUUUGGGUUCGCAUCAAGUUCAGAGCUCGCGUUCACAGGAAUGUUUGUGAAGAGGUACAGACCUGAGAAGACUGAUAAAUAGGCUUGUCUUGCUUUUGCUUUAGGCUACGUUAUUUUAUUUUUUUAGCUUUGUUCAACACCCAAAUCUCCAUAUCUGACCUCUUAUUUACAGUUUUGGAAUUUUUUAUACUGUUACUUUAACUGAGUUUUUUUAAAAUAGUUUUUUCUGUCUUCUAGGUGAUGGCUAUAGAGCCCUCUCAUCCUCUGUGGCAGCGUAAUCGCCCAGAGCACCAUGGCUUUGCCCAACGACAGUAUGGUGACCAACCUUAUUCUCUCCGUGGACCCUGGGCUUCCCCGGUCUUCUGUGCCCCCUGUCACAGUCUUACCAUGAUAAGGAGGGACGAAGACUCGAGGAGGAAGACUGUGAAGACUGAAUGUGAGGCUCAAAUCUCCGACAGCUGUGCUGAAGAAGUUCCCAGUAAGUACCACUGAUACCCUCUAGCUGGAGUAUAGAGUGUUGCUUUUAAAUUUGGACUAUAUUACAGAUCUGAAUUUUCACACCAGAGGGAUGUUCAACAUAGAUUGUGUAGCGAUUUGAAAUGAGCCUCACACGAUCGCACCAAAAUAUAUAUAGCGAUUUGAAAUGAGCCUCACAAGGCCGCACCAAAAUAAUACUGUAGCGAUUGGAAUUUAUAAUAAAUGUCUGAAGAUUAAUAAUCUCAAAUUAUGACAUUUAUGCACUCGUUGAAAGGGGCACCACCCACCCUUAAUGGUGGGAAAAUAAAGAAAACAAAAGUUUAAUUCAGAAAUCAAACAUCAAGUCAGUUUUAAUUAAUCAGUCUCAUAUCUUAAGUUGAAAUUCUAAUUUCAGGGACUCCACUUCUGGAAGAACACUAACAGACAGGAACUUAGAAAAAUAAUGAUCUGUUUAUUACAGGAUAAAUGAUGGUACAACAUACAUGCAAUAAAUGAUGAUAAGAUAAUAAAGAUAAAUAAUAAUAGGUGAAUAAAUAAAGAUUCUGAGUCAGGCUAGGAGCACUAAAGUUAAUGAUAGUGAGUGAAUAUGCGCUAACAUAUUAACCUACAUUAACUUUGGUGUCGAGAUAAACUCGGAUGUGGAUUUGGAGGAAUCUAAGAUUACCAGAAUAAGAGGAUAUCUGAGCUAUGAACGCAGGAGACAGCACCAGCCCUCUUUGGAGCUCUGGAGGUUUGCAUACUUAAGUGAGACAGGUCCUUGGAGAAGAUGGAGCAGGUUCCGAAGGUCCGGGGCUACUGGCGGUUCGAGCGGUUCAGCUCAGAAGACUACUGAAGUCAGCCGAAGGAUGAGCCAGGAGUUGCAGCACUCGGGCCCGAAGCAAAGCCAGCGCCUGUGGAUCCUGUGGAUGCUGGUUUGGGUACUUCUUUGGUCUCACUCAAAAACUCUGGCACAGAGGAUGACCUGGGCCUGCUGGGUUGCGUUCAGAGGUGACUUUGAGAUCACGCAGAAAACUCAGAAAAACGAGGCUCAAAGAGCAGAGAAAACUUUCAAAAAUGGCUUCGCGAAAUUAAAGAAAAAUCAAUCAAAGGCUUAAUCUUGAAUUGCUAUGCGCACAAAAAGUUGAAGUUUCAAAACUUGGACUAAGACGAUGUUAAAGAAAAAUCAACGUGAAUCAACACGUGGCGUAAAACUUAACUCGGCUUCUGGAGCACAUAGAAAAACGGGAAACAUCUCAUUUUUACACAAAUUUCAUGAUUAGACAGAUUAGUACAUUGCUGAAUGCAUAAGAUGUCAGGAUCAGUCAUUUGUAUUCUUUCACCAAAGGAAUGCAGUCUUUAUCAGUGUAUGGUCGAGCAGGGUUUUACGACCGAGGUCUGGAGGUCAGUGUCCCCUCUUAUCCUGGGGUCCGUAUGGUCACACACUUUAAGAAGGUAAAUCUCAAAUGGGAGAUCUGGGUUGAGAUGUUAAUGUUUAUUUAGAUGGUCGGCAAAUUGAGUCAGUUUGAAAGGUAAUAAAAACUCUGUCUCUGUUCUCCGAAUUGACCAAUCAUGAAGAGUCAGAGGUUUAGUCAACCUACCCCGAUUGGGUCACUUAGGCAACCUGAAAGUGUAAACAUGUCUGGAAAGAUUUAUAUCCUGUGUCCUGGGACCAGAUAAGGAAACUUUCCUGUGAGGAAUGUGUGAGAUUCACACCCAGGGUUGUCUUGAUUGCUACAAUUGUGUGAGUAGUAUUGCAACCAGCAGUGAACUGAUUUCGGUUCAGUCAGGACCUCACUGGUCAAAAGGGUCAUUAUUUGCAUGGAACGAGUUAUAUUUAGCUGUAUGGCUCUGUUCUGAGAUUUUCCUGCCCUUGCAUAUGCAUAUGUGGAUAACAAAGCCUGAGGCAGAAGAGCACACUGAGUUGCUGUUUCAUCCCAUACAUGAAAACCCAAAGCAGCAGCAAAGACCUCCCACUUUAAGAACUAAGUAGAUAUUACUUUACAAUAUGUUUGACUCUGGUAAAAUCAGACAGAGCAAAAAGAAGAUGUAGGUUGCAAGGAGGUUGGCAGACUAAAGCAGUGUAAUAUUCUCCUCCCAGUGUGGAGCAAAGUUUGAAUAUCAGAUAAAGGGUAAGGAUUUAUUUUUACCAUGAUCAUGAGAUCUUUAAGUGCAUUUUCAUAUAUUUCAUGUUUCCUGCCUAAAGUCCCACUCUGAUUGUUAUUUUUUUAACUACUUUAAGUGUUCUCGGUGGUCUUUACAUUGUGAUUAUGAAGUUUUUAGCCAAAAUCAUGUCACCUGUCAUUUUCAAGGGAUUUUCUUCUGCAGAGCUCAAGUAGCUCAUUAGCAAUUCCCCUCUGAGUCGUGGGCGGAUACAGCGCCCACGACUCACCCUCCUCUUCUCCUAAAUUUAUCAUUUUAAGCUUUUCUUCUUCUAAAUAAAUUCCACAGUGUUUGAAGAGUGAAUUGAUAUGCUUUGUAAUAAAACAUUCCAAAAGACUUAAGAUUUGAUAAGUACAAGAAAAAAUUGUCCCUAACUUCAAUUUUCUUUAUCAGAAGAAGAGUCUUCCUGCGGGUCCACACAUGACACCUCCAUGGACUGGAUCUAUGGAUAAUAAAGCUUCACAAAAACCUCGGCUUUUGUCCAACCUGCUUCUUUUUGGGGGGCAGAUAUUUCACAUGUCUCUGACUCUUCUCAAGUGCCAAAUUUAUUUUGAUGCACAGAUUUAAACAGUUUGUGUUUAAAUCUCAGUUAUUCUUAGUAAAAAGAAGUUGAUGUUUUUGACAUGGAAACACAGAGUAAAACAGAUGUGGUACAUUUAUUUAUUAUAUUUAUGUUUUUAUUUGAUUAUAUUUAUUGUUAAAGUAUGGUUGCACUCUUGUGAUUCUGCAGUGCCUUCUUUUUGAAAACCUCAAAAUGGUUCGCCGCUUAUGUUUCACGUUCUUUGUAUUGUCUUUUACACACUGGGAUUCUAUUGAGUGUGUUUCUGAUGUUGCUGCCAGUGUGCCUGUAAAAUAGUUUUAAAAAGUUUUAAAUAAAGACUUGAAUUUUGUCUUUUUGAGAUUGUUUCUUCUAACCUUGUUUAUGCUCUCAACUUUGUUUCAGUGUGCACAAUAUUAUUUUCUGUUAGCAUCAGUGGGUAACAGCUUAACAAGUGGCACAGGCAAGUGUCCACUGAUUGUAAAUGAACUCCAGUACAAGAACAGAACAUCACUCCCUCAGUGAGUCUUUGUCAAAUAUGUCUGACUUGGCAUUCACAGGAUAGAGCUGCCUCAAAAACAGAACUAAACUCAGACAUUUCAACCUUGUUUAUUCCAUUUUUUUCUAGUUUUUUACAG